AUGGCCGACAAUCGACAAGAUUCAGGAUAUGGCUCCCAAUUCUCAUCUCCUGACGGCAAACUACCUGUAGUAGCCGAGUCCACACAAAUUGGGCGCCUCAGCGGCACGAGCCGAUCCGUUCCGUCUGCCCCCACGCCCAUCACCGGCCUCAUAGAAUUUGACAAGAGUGUCGACAACGCCACGCUCUCCCGCUUCCGUCAUGUGCACUUGAUGCUUGAGAAGCCGCUGUUAGAGUAUAUUCGCGGCUCAAUUCGCAAGAAAAACUGCCCGAUUGCCAUAAGAUUGAUGGUCCUGGGGCGCUGCGAAGCUGAUGCCAAGCCGUGCAUUGUCGUCUUGUGUCCGGAGCAGCAAUCGAGAAAGGUCAGGAAGUUUUUCGAUAAGAAAUCUGUCAGGUCUUUGCGUUUGCCCGAAGACGGUCAGCCCUCGUUCGAGGUAUUCGUCGUCGGUCGGGCGCCGGAGCCGAAACAGGCAGACGGAGACAUUGACGUCCUGAUUCCUAUCGUUGGCGAGAGCGAGGGUUAUACAAACGAGACAUACUGUGGAGCACCUAUAGUUAUCCGGCAGACUUCCGGUGUCGACAACAGGUGCACCUUCGGUGGCGUUAUAAAGGCUACCUGGUCGAAUGGGGAGGUUAAGCUAUACGGGCUAACCGUUGGCCACGUCCUUCUGAGCGACUUGGCGGAUGAUCUGACGGUCAGUUCGGAGAGCGACCAGGCCAGGUGUUCCGACGACUGGGAAUUCGAGCUUUCGGAUUCUGAAAGUGAUGAUGAGUCGGUUGAUAUGGCUGAAGAAGAGACAGAUGAUGAGGCUCUACCAUUGUGUGUGAUGGAUGAACUCCAGUUGGGUUUGGCUGACGGCAGUGCGUCUUGGACGGCCCUCGAGUUGGGCAAGAUAGGUUCCAUUUCGAAGGACUCUCCCCAAUAUCAAUCGGCAGCAACCGACACAAAGUACGGUGAGACACAAGCUUACUACGACUGGGCUCUUAUCGAUAUGGUCAGCUACAAGCCGAACCUCAUUCGACCGAGGAAGUUGCCAUACAGCGAGGUUCAGGAAGACGGAGCCUUCAAGUCCGGGAAUCACGAGCUUGUGGCCACCGCCUCGUCUAGCAGUCUUGGCAAGAGACAGUCCGUCGUCGUUGUAAGCGGAUCAGAAGGCCUGAAGCGGGGAUCUCUAUCAGCUCUACCUUCGAGACUCCUUUUAGGACCCGGAAAAGAGUUUGUCGACGCACUCAUACUCAACCUUGACAACGAUAAACAAAUUCUCGAUGGAGAUUCAGGGUCAUGGGUGGUCAACGAGAGCACUCUUGAGGUGUAUGGCUACGUCGUUGCUGCUGAUACAUUUGGCGGAGGUUACAUUAUUCCACUGGUUGAAGCAUUCCGCAAUAUCGCAGACACCCUAAGAUGUCAAUCUGUCGAUCUGGCUACGACAAUCGAUAUGGCAAGUGCCAAACUUGAGCGUAUAUUCGACAUGAACGCCCCCAUCUUGGCUGAGCAUUCUACGCUGCAUAACCCACCCAUCUUCUCCUUUACCUCUACCCCAACUACUAACCUCUCCAUUGCCUCUAAUAUCUCCUGUGCUUCUACCCCAGCUACUAGUCUCUCAAUGACCUCUAACUACGACGGCCCCUUUACUCUCGUAGAUUAUCUCGAAGAUCACUUGAUAUUUCCUACCUUUUCCCAGGAGAUGCUCGUUGUCCAUCCUGAAGACAUUGCAUGGCCUGCUGACCACAAGAGCUCUGACGGCGGUUUCAACAAAAUAUCAAGACCUGGGACCCCCGAAGUCACUGUGCACGCUGAGGAUGAUACUGCCGUGUGUAGCAGGCCGUCACGUCAUGUUGACUACUUGUCCCAUGACUGGAAGGAAGAGGAUAUCUGGUCCUCCUGGAGAUACAUUGUAACUCGGCGCGGCGAGUUUGAACAUAGCCCACGAUUGGAAAACGCUUCCUGGAGGACAUGGAUGAAGGUGAAAAACAACCUAAAAACCAUUUCGGCUGAAACUAUUAAUUGGCUCAGGGAUUGCGAUGUUACCUGGUUGUACGGCCCUCUACAAUCAAGGACCAAGCCCAUCCACGAUGCCCACACAGAAGUUUCAAGCGACUCCAAGACGGGAUCGCCGGCUAAUCUCAACAUGAAGCCGAUCCUCAAGAAGAGGAGCAUGUCGAAGGUCAUGCUUCAGAGGUCAAUUUCCAAUGCCUCGCUACUAAAGCAGGCCGCAGCGGCCAUGCAGGCCCAAGAAUUACGGGGAACCGUCGAUUAUUUCGGCUACCCCUUCUCUGCAAGGGAAAUGGGUGAUGAAAACCGCGGCCUAGCAGCCUCGACAGAGUCUUCCGGGAUUAUGUCACCUAAUGCUGAGCGGAAGCAAAUUCAUUUUAGCGAGCAAGUUGAGCAGUAUAUGGCUGUUGAUGUCAAGGGCAUGGAGGUGGACUCAGAUCGCUACGGUGACGGCGGCGAUUCAGAUGAUGAUGUUAUGCUGAAGCAGGUCAAAAUCAAGAAGCAAUCCCUCCUCAAGAGGCGAGGUGCCAAAUCAAAGUCAACGGAAGGCAAGACCAUUGCCAAGCUUCCCUCAACGACCCUUAAGUACCGCGAGGAUACACCUGAGCCCAAGGAGGCAGCCACAAAGUACCUACACAGCCCACCUUUAUCUCCAUCAUCUUCGCAAGAAACACUACGACCAGCAAAGUCAUCUGUAAAGUUCUUGUUAGAUGAUGACGAUGACGAGGAAGGCUUGGAUGAUGCACUCCUGAGCCCUCCCUCAGCUUAG